CAACCGAAUCUCAGCGGGAAACCAAAAUGGCGAAUGCGCUGGGAGAGAACGACCCGUUUGUAAUUUUCUAAAAAAAAAAAUAUUUUCGAGCUCGGGAAACCGAAGAGAAAGGAUCUGCGGGUUUAUUAGCAUAAACACAAGACUGCGCGCUGAGGAGAAGACUACAAUUAUCGGUUUAGACCGAUUUGUUAAAUAUAUGAAACAUUUUGACUCCCUGAAGUGACCGAAUGAGAGACGCAACGGGAGCAGCGAACUUGUCUGACCUCCAAAAAUCGCAUUCCCAUCGACAAAACAAGUCGCCUGCGUCCCCGGCCAAACUCUCUUUCAAGGAUGGGAAAAGGGGCACCACGAAACUUGCGAGCAAAUUUGAAGAGGGACAAGAUGUCCUAGCUCGCUGGUCGGAUGGCUUGUUUUAUCUGGGAACUAUCACGAAGAUAAACAAACAAAACCAGAGCUGCUUUGUUGUUUUUGAAGAUCGUUCAAAAUCCUGGGUUCUUUGGAAGGACAUUCAAACGGUUGACAGACCUCAGGGUUUGUGGCCUUACACAAACUGUAAGUUGAACGAGGCGUCCGGGGACGAGAUUAGGGAAGGGGCCAGCGGGGGCGGCGAGAUGGUCUGCACGAUAUGCCAGGAAGAAAGCUCCGAGCCUCCCAACGAGAUCGUCAUCUGUGACAAGUGUGGCCAGGGCUAUCACCAGCUCUGUCACGCUCCCAACAUCGACUCCAGCGUGAUCGCCUCCGACGACAAGUGGCUCUGCCGACAGUGCGUGUUCGCUACGACGACAAAGAGGGGCGGCGCGCUGAAGAAGGGGCCGAACGCCAAGGCCCUUCAGGAGAUGAAGCAGUCGCUGCCCUACGCCCUGGAGGAUCUGGUGUGGGACCAGGGUCACAAGACAAACAUCCAGCAGUGCUACUGCUACUGUGGAGGCCCAGGAGACUGGUAUCUGAAGAUGUUGCAGUGCAGCAGGUGUAAGCAGUGGUUUCACGAGGCCUGCAUUCAGUGCUUUCAGAAGCCCAUGCUCUUUGGAGACAGGUUCUAUCUAUUUAUUUGUUCAGUUUGCAAUUCUGGACCAGAGUACCUCAAACGUCUACCUUUAAGAUGGGCAGACAUUGUACACCUGAGCCUUUACAAUCUGAGCGUCAUUCACAAGAAGAAAUACUUUGACUCGGAGUUGGAACUUAUGACAUACAUUAAUGAGAACUGGGAUCGACUGCAGCUCGGCGAGCUUGGAGAAACCCCCAAAUCAGACCGUUAUGGAAGCAUUCUUGAAGCACUGAAUAAUAACCACACCAUGUUCAUGUCAGGGAAAGAGAUAAAGAAGAAGAAACACCUCUUUGGGCUGAGGAUCCGCUUUCCCCCGGCCCCCCAGAACACGGACUCCAGGGUGGACCGGGAGCCCGAGAGGGCCUCCCACGAGAUCAAGAUCAAAGGCCGCAAGUCCACCAAGCCCAUCCCGGAGCCCAGUGAGAUGGGUAAUGGAGUGGUGAAGAAAGGGAAGAGGAAGCACACUGGCGGCCAUUCCUUCGAGACUCUGGCCAAGCUGAGGAGAUCGAGCGAGCACCCGCCCCGGGAUGAUGAAAAGCCCCCGGCAGUGGAGAACCACCCACUGGACCUCCUGGCUUCGAAGAGCAACAGAAGUGAUAAGUCCGUGCCGUCUUCAAGUACCUCAGAUGUGGAAUCCAUCAGUGCCACAAGCACCACUGAAACUACCUCAAGCAUUUCAAGACAGUCCAGCCUGUACAGCGCCAGCAGGACCCGCACGGGCCGGCUCUGGCCAAUCACGCAGCCCUCUGUCCUGAGGAGGGGGCGGAGGCGGGGCCGCCCCCGGCGGGCCCUGCAGCCGCCCAACCCGGAGAUCCCGGCACACGAGCCGGAGCCGGCCGAGCCCUGCCCGCUGCCGGGCCUCAACACGGACAUUGUGCACAGCCUGGACCAGGACACGCAGCUCAGCCACCUCAAGAGCUCCAUCACCAGCUACUUCGGCGCGGCCGGCCGCAUGGCCUGCGGGGAGAAGUACCGCGUGCUGGCCCGCCGCGUCACCCUGGACGGCAAGGUCCAGUACCUGGUGGAGUGGGAGGGCGUGACCGCCUCGUAAGCCCUGGCGUCUGCGACGGGAGAGUGAGGCGGCGCGAACGCCCAAAAUGGGAGGGGCCGCCACCUGUCAGUCGGUCUCCAAUUGACACGCGUGGUUGGCUCCGCCCAUUUUGGGGUCGACGAGGCUCGACUCUUUCCAUUGCUACCCCUGCGUUUAGCUUUCCUCUUGGGGGUCAGUAGUGCUACCGAGAAGGGAUCUGUUGUUUUUUGUGGUUGUUUUUUUUUCUUUUCCGAGUGCCCAGUGCUAGGUUUAACGCACUGGGGUCAGACACGUUGGAUGAAUGUAAACUGAGACAGGAGUGUUGUUUGCAACUUUGCUUUCUUUUCUCUUCUGAGACAGAAUUGGGGGAGGGGGAGGGCUGGGCUAGGAUGCCAGCCAGAUUGACAGCUGCAGUAAACUGCUGGGAUGUGGUCGUGAGCCUUCAAGAAGAAGCAAACCACAAGGCAUCUCAAUUGCUGCAAAAGUAUUGUAUUGUACCCUUUUAAUGCAGUUCGUUCUGGUUUUAUUCUACUUUAUGAAUAUGCCUUGCCGUUUUAUUUUCCUUCUUGAUUGCACACGUGUUCUCAGUUGGUUAAUCUGAGGUGUUACUCUGUUUUGAAUGCAAAACCCAAUUUCCCCCUGGGGCAAAAAUCUGUGUUUCAUUAAAGGUCCCUUUCAGUCCCAGAAUUAACCUGAAAACAAGGCAUUUUUGUUCAUUUUUGCCUGGAGUUCUGGAAUGUCGUGGCUGAUAAUAAGCAGUAUUAUUUCCGUGUAUUUGUCUUCUCGUCAGACUUCUCAAAUUGGGUUUUCCUCACGACCAGGUCAGUUUGAACUGAUUCUGAUAGUCCGGCUUUUGAACAAGUUGUAAACGGCUAAAUUCUUAUGCCGGGAGGAGAAACAUUUUCCUUUUGUAUUUAAGCUAUUUUACAAACGGUUGUAACCGCAGCUUUCACUUAAUUUCACUGAGGUGCUCUUAAAUGUCUGUUUGAGGGACAGCUUAAAAAUUAUGAGAGCAUAUGCAAUCACCAGGUUCUGCUUAAAUACACACAUCUGGAAAACAUGCCAUUUCAGACAGGACCUUCACAGCCAUGAAGGCAGUAGUUUUGAACGCGGAGGAUCUUUGCGAUCCGCUUUUCUCCUUUGUUCUUCGCGGCCGUGUUCAGCUGUUCUCAAAAUGUACACUGUACGCAAAAACUCAAGGAAUCAAUUUUUAAGUUGAGUUCCGUUAUUGGUUCAGUGUGUAGUCUUUGCAUUUUUUUUUUAUCCGUUUCCUAUGCAACUCAAUAUUCAAGGAACUGACUUUUUGGUUGGUUUGUCAACAAUUUAGCCAUACCUUUGCUUCAGGAACACAUUGCAAUAUUUUACAGUUACAAUUUUCUCAGGCUUUGUAAUUACUGGUGCUAUCUAAUGCUUUCAACGAAAAAAAAAAAAAAGAAUUGUGCACUUACAUUCAGACUUGUACUGAUACAGCCAAGCUCGCCCACAGAUCUCUCAGGAUACCAUCACCUUAAAAUUCACUGUAAGAGUCCCAGUUGAGAUGACGUUGAGCUAGGAGUUUUUUUUAAAUUUUUAUUAUUUUUCAUGGCCAGGAUAAAUGUACAAGCUUAGAUGUGGAAUGUAAAGCUAUGUUGAAGAGGCUAAACAUUGACUAUGUUGUCAAUAUUUCGGUGACCUUUGAGUUUUGCAUAAGCAUUACUUAAUUAAUGGAAUUAAUUCCCUGGAAGUUUGAUUUUAAAAAAGAUUUUGAAGUUCUGGCCAUUUGUAGUUUGUUCAUAAUUGUAAUGUGAACUUGGCCCACUUACAAUCAGAUUGAUGUAAUUCUUUGAUUACUUUUUCUUGCCAGAAUCUCUUUUCUGAUAGUAAGUGUAAUUUUUCUGUUGUAUCUAUGCGUUUGGGUGUAGAUGUGUCAUUUACUGUAUUAAAGAUGAGGACGUUUCCACUUGAGGGAGCAGUGUUGAUUGAACCUUGACAUUGAUACCUCUUAAAUUAAAAUGACUUUGUAUAAAUAUAAAUAUAAAUAUAUAUAUAAACAAAAAUAUGUAAAGAAGCUUUCUCCCCUGUCUGUUGGUGUGCCAGUGUUAGACUAAAGCUUUCUGUUUUCUACUGGCUUUGAACAGGCUUCUUCAGCCAAAGAAUAAAUCUUCUUUUAAAAGUA